AGGCGGCGCGUGCCGCUUUGGUCUCUUUCUUUUUUUUUCUUUUUCCUCUCCUCUUUUUUUUUUUCUUCUUCUCCAAAUUAGAAAUCAUUGUAGAAUUUUGUACCCCCUUUGCGCAGGCCGCGUGCGCGCGCUCUUUCCUCACCUCUAAAUUUUUUAAUUCAUUUUUUUUUUGUUGUUCCAGGAGGAAACCGAUGCUUUCUUGGGUAAAAAUGGAAAGGAUAAAGAGGGAGGACAAGAAAAAAGCCGUGCUGGUGCAGGAGGGGGAACCGAAAACCCCCUGAAGAGCAGCAGCGGCCAUAUUUGGCUUCACUGUUGGUUGGAGCGAUCGGGGGGAAAGAGAGCGAGAGAAAACCGGAGGGAAAGAAAAGGGGGAAGAGCGUGAAGCGAGCUUAAAGCCCUGGACUCCAAGCGCCUGUGUAGCCGUGGCUGAACCUCAGUGGAGCCAUGAGCACUCAGGAGGUCCCCAAUGCCGGCCUGAAAAAGGGCGACACAUCCACCGAGACGCUCUCCGCCCAGGCCGUGCCCGCCGCCUCCCCCAAAACCUCCAGACAUCAUGUCAAGAGUGAGCCUCGGCACACGCCCACCACCUCAACGAGCAAUGGCAAAGAGAGCGACAGCGGCCUUCCUGCAGAGAUCUGCGUGGUCAUCGGGAAUCCUCGCAAUUCCCAAACUCAGGGCUCCUACGUCUGCCGAGUGUGUGGGAAGAAGUACAAGUACUACAACUGCUUUCAGACUCACGUCCGUGCCCACAGAGCAGAGUCUGAGAGCCCCAUGCCUCCAGAAACGCCACCUCACGGCCCAUCCAAUGCUUUCCGUUACACAUGCGACAUAUGUGGGAAGAAGUAUAAAUACUACAGCUGCUUCCAGGAACACAGAGAGCUGCAUGCAGUCGAUGAUCCGUAUGAUCACGUGAUUCCCUUGGAGGAGCCGAAGGAAGAGAUCGAGCCCUAUCAGAAAAUCGGACCAAAAACCGGGAGCUACACAUGUGAAUUUUGUGGAAAACAAUAUAAAUACUUCAACCCUUACCAGGAGCAUGUGGCCCUUCACACUCCAAUGAAAAGCUCUUUCAGUCUGAAAAUUGAGAGUAAAACCUCAGUGCAGCCGAGCCGCGGAGACGCCAACAGCUCCCAGAGCUCGAGCGAUGCUGCGAGCCCCAUGGUGGCCAGCGCCUUUCCUACAUCUCAGAAGGCCUACACGUGUGGAUCCUGCGGCAUUCAGUUCCAGUUCUACAGCAACCUCAUGGAGCACAUGCAGUCUCACGCCGCAGAUAAUGAGAAUCACACUAAAGAGGACUCGGCUAAAGCUGGUCAAGCCCCCGCACCUUCUCAGGAGCAGACGUGGAAAUCACCUCAGCCUGCCCAGAGGAACCACAUCCCAUCUUCAUAUCAGAACAGGUUGCUUCCGGAGAAGGAGCGCCAGCAGGUGGCCGAGCGUUUGUUGCGCAUGAUGUGUACUGACUUGGGUUUACUUGGUGUACUCAGCAGCAAGGACUUCCUCAAGCUAGCCCAGACUCUAGUAGAUACAGGCUCCCGUCACGGUGCUUAUUCCAUCCGCGAUGCCCUCGGAGACAUGAGCACUUUAGCCUUGAAACAGCUUCCCCGCAUGUACAACCAGGUCAAAGUUAAAGUGACCUGUGCGCUCGGAUCAAACUGCUCCUUAGGCAUUGCUGUGACCUGCCAUUCGCAGACUAUUGGGCCUGAUUCCUGCUUUGUGCUAACGGCGUAUCAGGUCGAAGGGGUCCGACUUCGACGUUACGUGUUAGGAAUUAAAGAGGCUUCUCUAAGGGAGGGUCCAGAACAUGUUCAUCACUGGGUCCAGAAUGUCCUUUCUGAAUUCGUGAUGUCAGAAAUUCGCACGGUCUACGUCACAGAACCACGCUUGUCACUGUUACCUAGUUGCGGGCGGUCUAGCCUUAGCCUGCGCUGUGCUGGAUGCUCUCUGUCAGCCACCAUUCAGGCCGUACUUGGGCGACGUAGCCUUCAGAGCCGGGGCCUGCAUGAACUUGGUGAACUUCUGGCAACGUGCCGCGACAUUGCUGGAAGUAGUAGCUUUAAUCGAGACAGCAAGGCCUCAGAUGAGUCUCCACCGCCGCCACCCUGCUGGGAUUUGACCGCUGAGGCAUUGCUCAAGGUACAUGAGAACUUUGAGGCCAUAUGUGAAGUGUAUGGCCGUUGCAAGAGCACAGCACCACUUCUCCAAGGCCUGAACAAACACCUUCUGAGCACACUAGCCUCCCUGCUCGCACCAUUGCGCCAGGCAGCACAGGAACUGGGGGGUGAUCGUUGGCCCACACUUCAGCAGGUCCUGCCCUCUUACCUUCGCUUGGAAAAGCUCUUUACCUCCAAAGCAGGAGAGGUAGGUGCUGGCAGCAAGCUCUGUCACUACUUCUUGGAAGCACUAAAGGAAAACUUCAAGGUUGAACGGGUCCACCAAGUGGCUAUGAUUCUAGACCCACAGCUCAAGCUUCGUCCAGUCCCAGGAUACCAGCAUGAAGAGAUUAUCUCGAGGGUGUGCGACAUGGCUGCGAGCAUGAAGGAACCAGCCAGUGGAGGCCCAUCUGGGAUCUCAGGAGAUGAGAGGGACAGCGAUGUGCCAGCCGGGCCCAAGCGUGGGCGCAUGGAUUGUGGGAUAGAAAGGCCGUCUUGUGCUGCUGAGGAUCCACAGGUUCGCAAGGAACUGUUCCAGUACCUCGGUGAACCCCUCUUCAAAGCCACGGGGGAUCUCUUCCAGUACUGGAGCUCCGUCAUGGACAGAUAUCCCAAGUUGUCCCGGUUGGCUCUGUGGCUCCUGGCGGUGCCGGCCAUGGGAGUCCGCAGUGAAUGCGUCAGCAUCUGCGAGCAGACCUUUGCCCUGAAGAGGAAGCGGGAGGUCACAGCUGAGGAAAUGAACAAACUGGUCUUCCUCAAGUGCAAUUUCGCCUGAGGUAGAGCCUGGCCACCAGCCAGCACUACUGACUGUUUCUGAAAAACACACUAACGUAUCUAGUAUCUAGGCGCUGGUCUAGGUUUACUCUGUAGCUUCUUUACAUCACGGGUUAAAACUCUUAUCCUAGAGCGAAACCUACUUCUGGAUCAGCGUCGACGAACGACGUACAGUCAAGAAGUUCUCUUUGUGGACGACUGCUGUGGAGCAAUAUGUUAUCGAGCAGAUAUCACCUACACACACACCUCAAAACCUCAACUUUCUACUGCCCUUGGUAACCUAGCAGCGAAAAAAGAAAAGCGUGGAUAAAAAAAAAUUUUGUUGUCAAAGCUUGAAUCAUCUAAAAACCAAAACAUGGACACACUGUAUGCAUCAUCUUAUUUUAUUUCCCCUUUUUUAUUUUUCAUUUUCAGAUUUGGUUUUUUACACUGCUAGACUGUUUGUCCUUGUUAUUCUUCACGUUUCCUGCCUGAACUUUCCAUUUUUUCCCCCAUUUUGCGCUGCCAAAAAGAUAAUUAAUCUGCUUUGCUUUUCUUGCUAUACAAAUGACCUCUUAGUUAUCAGGUCUAGAAAAUGAUUUCAGGUAACCUAUGUGUAUUUCUUAUGUCGGUGUUUCUAAAUGAGAAUUCUUUACUGGGUGCUCACUUCCACUCGUUCGACUAAAAUAAUUUCAUGUUUUUAAAAGAUAUGCUUCUUGAUGAAUCAGUAUUUUUAACGGCCCGUACUGAUAGAAGACGCCGCGUAUUGCACAGUUUGAGUCUACAUAUGCAUGAGGAAUCAAAUAUUUAAAUUUUUCACUCGAAAAGCACCGCUCUCGCCGCAGUAGGUGUAGUCAACCCCCCUCCGAGCGCAGCAGGGUCUAACCUAUAGAGCUCCCAAGCUGCUCUGAAGAUCAUACACAUCGAAUUAAUCAUCGCAGACUACACGGUGGUGAUUCUCUUGGCUGUGACAUGCUGCUGAUGGACACAGAAUAGUUCAUAUUCAGAAGCAGAUGUACCAUGUAAUCAUUUUUGCAGCAAAUUGCACGGUCUCCUGUACGUAAAUGAGCCAUUCCAGAAUACGCAAUUCCAGAAUGAGUUAUCUUGUACCGUAUUUCGUUUUUAAACUGACGAUUAUUCAAUAAUGUCAUGGCACAUGCCCAAUCCGAAUAAUGUGAGGCCAAAUAGAACCUCUGUAUCUGUCGUUCGAGAACAUAUUCCACCAUUCUCAAGCGUUUUUUUUCCCUUUUGGGAGAAUCCCAUCCAACCCUGGUUGAAGAGUUCAUAGUGCAACUCAUGGAAAAUGGAGACUUGUAACCCCCUUUAACUGCUGUACCCGGAUACUGCUAUAGCUACAAAAAUACUACAUAUAAACACAAACUAUACUUUCGUAACAAUUUUCCCGACUUUGUGUGGUGGUCUGGAAUAGAGGUUGACCGAUGUGGGUUUUUCUUUGGUCGAUGCCGAUAUUUAGCAAUCAUGGCAGCCGGUCGGGGUUUUUUUGGGACGAUAUGUUUGGCGAUUUUUCUUUUCUUUUUUCUCCUUCAGCAUAAAAUGGAACAGUUAAGAAAUACUUAAAUAUUUAUUGUACAACACAAACCUCUAAUCAGCGCAGUAGUUUGCAGGUUUUGGUUCCUGUGCCUACCUGUAGCCUAAACUACAGCUGCUUGAAUGUUUGCUCACAAUAUGGUUCCAAAAAACUACUCGCAUUCUCACUAAAUCUUUUCAUUCUUUUUCCAAAAGUAGCCUCAUAUUAAAUCAAUGUAAUACAUCAGACUAGAUUAAGAAUGAAGGAUAUAAAUGUAAUGCUUGGGACACACCAAGCCGACGGUCAGGCAGCAUCGGUGGAAAGUUCUUGCAUUAUAUAUUCACAUGCCGAGUACUGACUACUGCCACCUGCUGGUGUGGGGGAGUUGUGUUCUCUCAUGCAAGCGCAGAACGUACACUCGCGGGUUUGGUGUGUCGGAUGCACCCGACUAAUAAUUGGCAAACAAAAAUCGUCGGGCCGAUUAAUCGGUUGACCUCUGGUCUGGAACACACCGCGUCUGAUCUGAUGUUUUAUGUAGUUCUUCUCAAACAACAAAAAAAAUGUUUUUAUUCUAACUGUAGUGCAGGAGGAUCACGGACAGCCGGGAUCCGAUUACUGUCUAAUCUGUUUAGAAUUCCGCCCGUAUUUCUUCAGCACUGGUCCAUCAAACACCUCAAAAAAAUUCACUGUGUGACGAAAUCCAAUUUCAACUAGCCAGGUUUUACACGUUUUUUGGCAGACUGACUGUUUUUACCAGCAUGUUUGAUAUGCAUACAAACACAUGGUUAGAAAGUAGUACUAAAUUAAAAAAAAUCAAUUUCCACUGCGUUUUUUUUUUAUCAUUAUUUGGUUAAAUAUUUUCCUUAAAGGUAUCAAAGUAUGACAGAAGGCAAAACCUUACAAAAGAUUAAAACGUCUUGGUAGGUUUCACCCACCCCCAAACAUUGGCAUUUUUUAUGCCACUUUUGAGUCACAAUAUGGAUAUCUAGAGCGUUUAAACAUCUUGAUAUCGUUCCUAAUUACAGCUUCUAAAUGAAUCUCAUUAUAAAGAGGAAACUUCCUUAUUGUAAUUGAAUUAAAAAUGCAACAGUAAAUGUUUUGAGAUUUUAUAAAGUUUUAGGACUCUGUAUAAAAUAAUAAAAAAAAAGGAAUAAGAAGAAAAAGCCAAACAGUAGGAAAAUAAAUCUUGUUCGAGUUCUUUUAGGAAAGUGAACUGUUUUUGUCUUUAAUGCACUGGAAAAAAUAACCAAAUGGAAAAAUAGUAUAAUUACUUUUAUCUUUUCUUCGUGAGCGAUUUAAGAACGGGAUCAAAGAGCUUAUUUAAAAAAAAAAAAAACUUCUGGGUUUGAUGAUUUCUCUGUCUUUUACUUCCUUGUUCCAUAGUGUAGAGCUUUUCUGAAGAUACCUACAGACAUCAUGGAUGGACAGAUGGAAGAAUGUUUGUUUGCAAUUGCUAAAGCAAGGUUUUUCCAACAUCUUUGAGCUCGAGUUGAGAUGGAUGAUGUUUAUUGUCUAUUGUUCUUUGUUGCCACAAGAGGGCGCCGUUUAGCUCCUGCUCGUUGGUAGGAGUGGCCAAACUCCUUACCUCUUUUUAUACAACAUACCUUUCAUACUAGAGUUCCUCAGAAUUCAGAAAACGGUACUGUGGUUUUUUUCUCUCUCUCUCUCUUUUUAUGCAUUCAGGGUGAAGAAAAAGCGUAUUUGUUUUUGACUGCCAAGGAAGUAUCGGAUUGUUCUCAUCAGCAUCCUCACAUUUGCAAUAUUUAAAUAAAAAACAAAUGUCCUCUUAUUUUAAAGACCCACUAUAAUUUUUCUUUCCUUUCUGCUAAGUGCAAAAGAAAACAGAUGGUUGCUUUUUAGUUAUUUUUAUUUGGUUUUGUUUUAGUAGGUUUUUUUUUAUGAUUGUGUAUGACGUUUAAACAGUAGGUCUAAUUUAUACUUUUUUAGCAGCACUAUUUUUAUAUCUAUAUAUAUGGUUAAUAAUAGAACUUUAACUCAUUACUGAUUCUCAGUAGUACACCAAGCGCUGUGCAGCAUCCUCAGAAUCUAUUAUGUACUGUGUGAAAAUAAAACGUACUGAAACGGCAAAA